AUGUCGGAAAAUAAAUAUAAUUUACGGCCUAAACGAAACUACGCGUCUCUGGAUAGAUUGUCGAGUUCAAGUAACGACGCCGACGAUGACAUAAAUGACAGAACACACGGCAGCCAUUUUGAGCAACGAGCAGAACAACAACAAACCCGAGAAGAAGCCUCAAGUUGCAACGACCACCAACCGUUCACCGGAUCCAUUGACCAAUCAGACAGCGUUGAUCAUUCGACUUUACCCGCCUUUGUUCCGCCCGAACUGCCUCUAGCCGAAACGUCACCGACAAAAAACACAAUUGUGCCGUCGUGCCGAAUGCAACCGGACUUAAACGACGUUCCCCGAACCUCGACAAAUGUGAUAUACGAUAUUGCAGACAGCCGUCGAACAGCUGAUAUAAUUCAAACACAGUCUCAGUCCGUUCAUAAUGUGAAUCACGAGCUCCUUACUCAUUCCGACACUUCAACUGAUGAAUUAAACGUCACAAAUCCUCCAGUACAGACACCCACAAUCGAUAUGAACAUGUUAGUUAACCUUAUGACCAACUUGAGUAAUAAGUUUGAACAAACCAGUGCUGAAUUAAAGUCAGAAAUAACUGCAGAAUUAAAGUCAGAAAUCCGUGAAACUAAAAACGAAAUCCGUGAAACUAAAUCAGAAAUCCAAGAAAUAACAAAACUGCAGAUUAAUCAAACUGAAGCUAAACUAAUUCAAACAUUUAACGAUAAAAUAAACGAAACCUACCAAGAAAUCCAAGCUUGUAGAAACGCAUUUGAAUCACAAAUACGUGAAACUAGAGAAAGUCAAAUUGAAAUAAAGUCAGAAAUAAAUGCCAUAAAAUUAACACAAAGUAUUUUAACUGAAGAAACAGCUAAACUAAAUGAUCGGCUAAUGUUAAAAAUUGAAGACUCUCAAAAUCAGUUGAAGCAAUUUGUUGUUAAUAGCAUAUCAAAACAACAAUCUAAUUCAGAAAUAGAGCAUAACAAAUUCCAAGAACAAAUAAUCUCAACAGUAAAAUCACAGUUAGAAGAACAUAAAUCUAAUUUUGAGCAGAAAAUAGAAGAAAUCACAGUUAAAACACAACUUGACAAUGAACGUAACUCAAAAAUAAAUUUAACUGCCCUACAAAAUGAAGUAUUGCCUAAAAUCACCCUACAAACUAGAUUAAUUGAAACACAACAGCUCGAAAUUCAAACUCUCAACCAAAAUUUAAUCAAAUGUGAGUCUGAAGUAAACAACUUAAAGCAAGCUAACCCAAUAAAUGGACAAGCAGGUGCGAUUCAAGUAAUCUGUAGCGGUAAUGAGAACAAUGAUCGUCAAUUGCCGAAAUUUAAUGGACGAAGCGGUAACCCAAUGGAAUAUCUGCGCAAACUUAAGCGAUAUUACGAGAGAGGGAUCGAAAGGAAUAUGAACUGCGAUCAAACCGAAUACCUUAAAGACCUAUUGGAAACGUCAUUUGAAGGACCCGCAUCCCGAUGGUUACAACUAAUCAGAUCAGACAUUCUUGAUUGGGACCAUUUUGUUAAGGAAUUUGAGUGCAAAUAUUGGAGUCAAGCCGUCCAAAGAGGAAUAAAAGCCAAGAUUGAGUCUGAAAAAUAUCGAGCUAAUGGAACCUUGAGCCGUACGGAAUAUUUAACAGAACGAGUACUUUUAUUGCAAUCCAUCUCCCCUAGUUUAAGUGAAGAGGAGAUCGUAUCAUUAUUGGCAGAGCGAUUCGAUCCAAUCAUCCAGGACAGUGUUAAUGUGCAAAAUAUCACCACAAUAAGAGCCAUGGAACGACUUCUACAGAAGGAUGACAUUCGAGACGGACCGAAGAAAGUUAAGAGCUACAACAACAGUCACCAGAACAGCAGACCGUCUAGCCCUAACAUACAGAACCAGCAACGUUAUCAUGAUCGAUUUACCAACCAACAAGCUUACGUGCCCAAGAUGAACCGCCAGAACUACCAACACAGCGAUAACCAUGCACAGAACAACCAACGUCAUUGGAAUCAACAAAAUUACCGAUACAACGGAAACAAUGGUAAUGAGUACCAACAGUACCAACGGGCACACCGAGACAACAAACCAUACCAGCGUGACCACUACCCGGACCGGAACUAUGGCCAAAACCACAAUUAUAAUUGGAAUCAUCCUACUAAGGAACAAAACCAAAUAUGUGCGAUGUUUAGACAAAAUCCCAACUUGUCUAUUGCCCCGACUGCUCCACCCAUGGAUCCACAAUUAAACAGCCACCAUUCAAGUUCUCGUUUUCCACAAUCUCCACAGAGGUCGGAAAACCACUCGUCGUUGUAG